CCGGACUUGCCCAAGUUUCCUGGCGCAAUGGGUGAGGUAGGUCAUACUCACACGGGGGCAUCGGUGGACGUAUCAGGUCAUAAUCAUGGCCAGGUUCCAAUGAAGAACUCCUAAUCGAGUAAGGCCUGUUAGUACUUGCGGGCGGAAUUUGCCACCGUCAUUCCACGUCCUCGAGGACUUCCUACAGCAGCGACGAGCGCCACGAGCCAGGUUGGUUGUGUUCUAUAAAUAGAUAAGCUGUCAGCUAUGGCGUCGACUGUGCCUAGCCCCCCUCGACGUAGUGUUGGUGCAGAAGGGGGGGGCGGAGGGGGUGACAAAGCUUGCCAACAGCUCUCGGCAGCGGAGCAGCGACGGAUUCAGCAGGAGUGUCUGUGUCUCGUCAGAAAAUUGCAACCUCGCAUAGUCUUCUACUCCACUUCAACCCCAACAACACCCAAGCUAAAGACGGACGUAGCACAUGUGCGGACCCUUCUAGAGACCAAGGGGAGCUUCGGUGGCCCUGUAUUAAGUUACUGGAGAGACACUAUUGAGGACGACUUUCGGAGGAGAUUCUGUUUGUACGGGACACGUGGCACGAGCUUACGUGUGGAGUUUUGUUACGAUCGAGAUUUGGUGAUGGGAUCCAAUGGGAACGGUAGAGGUCAAUGGAAUGGACCGGGGAAUGGGGAGAAUGGUGUUGGUAAUAACGGCGGGAACGAAGGGAACUGGAAUCAAGGAGGGCCAAACGGGAACGGAGGAGGCGGAGGAGGUUGGAAUGGGAAUAGUAACGGAGGAGGGAAUGGCGGAAAUGGAUGGAACGGGAAUAAUGGAGGGGAUAGCUGGAACAGGGGUAACAGAGGUAAUAACUGGAAUGGUAAUGGAGGCAACGGAGGGAACGGAGGUUGGAACGGCAACGGUGGGAAUGGGUGGAACAAUAACGGAGGUAAUCAAGGGAGUAGCAGCAGGGAUUGGAGAAGAUCGGCGGAGUGCUAUAACUGCCAUCAGUAUGGACACAUCAGCCGGGAGUGUAAAGCCCCGCGGCAGGGUAAUAACCAAGGCAAUCAAGGUAAUUCCUAUCAAGGGAAUCAUGGGAAUCAAGGCGGUGAGCGAGCCCCACACGAUGGAGUAAGUACUUCGAGCAGCUCCAAUGAAGCUGCCGUUGCGGUUGGUUUGAGCAAGGAGUUGGAGGAGGGAAUUCGGCAGAUGUGUAGGUAUACGACCAAGCAGCUGGAGUUGGAAGAGAAGAAGGAAGCCGAGAAGAAGGCUGCCGAGGAAAAGAAGAAACGUGAGGAUGAGGAGAAAGCAGCCAAGGAGGAGAAGAGUCGAGUGGAACUCCAAAAGAAAAAGGCCAAAGAAGAAAAGGAGGCCGAUAGAGAAUGGAAGCUGGAGAUGUUACUGGCCAAGCAGAAGGAGUCCUUAAAGGAGGAGUUCGAACGAAUGUUUGAAGCAAGACUAAGGAGAAUGGUUGUGUCAGAACGUGCGGUCAAAGGUAAAGCUAAGGAGAGAUUGGAGAAACGGAAAAGACAGCCACAACAGGCGUGCCAAGUUAGCCCUCAAGGCGAGACUCCAACGAAGGUCGGAAGAGGAGCUACGGGAACACCCAGGGCUUUCCUUGGCGAUGCUGAUAAGUUGCAGGAAAUUGAGGACGGUAAUGAGCUUGAGAAGACAAUCCUAGAUAUGGCGCGUUCAGCAUGAAGGCCGAAUUGGAAGAUGGUAAGGGUGCAUUGGACAGAGCUUCCCCAAGCGACUUGGAACUCUGGUCCCAUUUUGUCACAGUUUGUGCUUGGAGCCAUUGGGACCUCUUGGUCCCAAAGAUUCCUGUGGGACUUUUUGGUCCCGAAGUUUCCUGUGGGACCUUUCGGUUCUGAAGAUUGCUGUCGAAUGUUUCGGUCGGAUGCCUGUGGGACCUUUUGGUCCCAAAGAUUCGAUUGGUACGAAAGAUUCCUGUGUGACCACCAGAUUCAUGUGGGACCUUUCGGUCCCAAAGAUUCAUUUGGUACGAACGGCACUGUGUGACCAGAGAUUCCUGUUGGGACUUUCUGGUCCUAACGAUCCCCGUGGAACUUUUAAUCAGAUGGCUGUGGUGACCAAAGAUUCCUGUGGGACCCAAGAUUCCUGUGGGACCCAAGAUUCCUGUGGGACCAAAGAUUCCUGUGGGACCAAAGGUUUCUGUGGGACCAAAGAUUCCUGUGGGACUGGGACAUGUUCUGCGCUGAGGUGGACUUAGCCUGCUUGGUGGGACACUGGGAGUACAGCAGCAGUGUUUGCUCUGGGACAAUGGAGCAGAGCACUUUGGCGGUUGUGAGGGGCAACAGAGAGCACAGGGCUGCCCAUCAAAAAGAGUGUAGGUUGUGUGACCAACCACAUGUUCUCAUGCCGUGCCCAGAGUAUGCAGUCUGAAGGCAAGACAGAAGAAGGUGAUUUGUUAUUGUGGCACUUUUUCAGACGGUUUCUCUGGAGAGUAUGAGAGGCCCGCGUGCGACUGCAUGAGUUACGAAUCUGCCUUCCAAGCAGGGGAUAUGGGUUCGAUGACCCUUUGUUCAUUUUAUAUUACAUUGUCAGGUAAGUAGUUGAUGGCCAUUGCAGCAAGCCUCAUGUGUAUUCUAUUGAUUUGAGAAUUUUGAUUCCAUUGGGCGUUGUUGUCCUCCGUUGGAUUAGCAAACAAUUG